UUAACCUGCUCGCUUCAUGUUGCUUAGUGCUUGCCUUCUUAUAUACUCUGUGCUCCGUAAACUGGCAAAAUUGUUGUAAAUUUUUACAUAUUCUCAUUCUCAUAUUACAAAAGUAACUUGUGAAAAUAAAAUGUGUGAGCUAUUAUCGAAAUUGAUAUAAUGUUAGAAAUGUUUUCGUGAGCCUAAUUAUUAAAAAUUCUUGUAAUGAGUUGGCGGCGUAAAGUUAAGAAUGAAUUAGUCAGAAAAAUGUUUGUGUCACAAGACAAGAAUGUUAAGAAAAAAUUUCAGAAGCCAAAUAUUCUACGGAGAAAGACAAAGACUCCCUUGCCACGACCGCAAGCAACUUCAGAAUGUUUUGAAUCUCCAGAUGGUAAAUCUCUAGUCAGCUCUUCUUUGGUAGACAAAUCAUUCAACGCACAUGAAGGACCAAAUAAAGUAGCAAAACAAAUAGUUAUUAAACAUAGAGAGAAGCCAAAUCAAUUAUUUAACAAGUCAACACAGAAAUUGAUCUCAGCCUCGUUAAUUUCGGAGGACAACUCCUCAACUGCAGUGGUAAAAAAAGAAAACGAUAGUGACAUUACAUUCACUAUCAUAACAACACAGGAGAAUAACAAUGAAGGUAAUUUUGUUCAGACUGGUGUCAAUGUGGAUUCAUUCUUAGUAGGAGGAGCAUCAAAACAGAAUGGUCUUAGAUUUGUGAAUACUGAAUUACAAAUUGACUCAGUUGAUAAAUAUGACAAUACUAAAUGGUGUUUGGAUCUUGUACAAGAUUUGCCAACAGAAAUAAAGGAACAUUGUGAUGGAUCUCAAAAGAAAAACAUAUUAUUAGAGCAAAAGUUAGAUGUAACCCCUACAAUGGUACCUUUGUCUGUAGUUUCUUCUGUGCAGAGAAAUAAUAUAAUAACUCUCCAAGGUGAAGUGGUACCAAUUAUGACUAAUGUACUUAACAGUACAUUUGAUCUCAAUAAGUCUAAAGCCAAGUUUAAGUGUGAGGUUGCCGAUUGUGAUAAGGAAUUCUCGAAUAAGCAAAAGUUGAAAAAGCACCAAAAUAGUCAUAAAGUGGGCAGUACAAGACCACCGAGACAGACCAAUGUUGAAUGUCCAGUCAAGAUAUUCCGAUUAGGUGUGGAGGAGCCUUGUGGACAAAUGUUCACAUCCAGAGAAGAUGUGUUAAAACAUCUCAACGAGAACCACACAUUGGAACAAGCAAACUAUAUCUGUUCUGAGUGCGGACGGCGCUUCUUCUGGGCGUGCGCGUUGCGGGCGCACCGGCAGGCGCACGGGCGGGCGCGGCGCGGUGUGCUGGCGUGCGCGUGGCCCGGCUGCGGCCGCGUCUUCCGCCAGCCCUGCAGACUGCGCGAGCACACGCGCGCCCACACCGGAGACAAACCAUACCCCUGCAAAUUUCCUAAUUGCGGGUGGUCAUUCCGCACGGCGAGCAAGUUGGUGCGACACGCGCGGCGGCAUACAGGCGAGCGGCGGCACGCGUGCUCGGCGUGCGGGCGAGCAUUCCUGCGCCGCGAACACCUGCGCGAACACCACGCCCGCCACCAGCCACCACUCGCACGACACCAGCACACCUGCACACACCACGGAUGUGAACAAAGUUUCAACAACAUGAGCUCCCUUUACACGCACAUGAAGAAAGUGCACAAGAAGAUAAGUUUGUUAAAGAACGAUCCAAUAUACGAGAGUGUUCCAAAUAUAGAAAUUAGUGGGGAUCUUAAGUUAGAACAAGUGACAGACUCGAAUGAGGCAGAAAUGAAAAUGGAAGUGUUGACAGAGGAUAUGGAGGGUACAGGGGAGGAGAUGCUGGGGGAGGGAGGGAUCUUGGGGGAGACGGAUGAGGAAGUGGAGGGGGAGUGUCAGUCGGCGCGCACGCACUGCACGUGGCCGCUGCAGUCUCGCACUGCCUGCGACUACCAUUGCGGGGAUGCUUAUGUACUGGACGAAGAUGUACAAGUGGAGCAGUCGGAGAGCGCGGAGAGUAACAUCUACACAAUACGCAGCGACUUGUUCCUACACGGCAACGCACUUAAUGAGGAUAGCGAAGGAGGAAUGGGCGUAGGUGUGGGCGUGGGCGAGGGCGUGGGUGCUGGGGGC